AUGAGUCCGUCCCAGAGGCUGAGAGCAGCUGUGAGUGCGCGGCUGGCGGCGGCUGCAGAAGACAUCUUUGAUCUGUUGGAGAGAACCAUAGCGGAAUAUGAAGAAGAACUGUCCCAGUGUGUUUGCAAACACAAGAAGAGGAGAGAGGAGCCAGGCACAGCUGCAGAACCACAUGCAUCACCUGAUGUUCAGAUGCCCGUUGUGAGUCCUGGUCUCAGUCUGAAGCAGGAGAUCCCAGAGCCACAGAUAAAGGAGGAGCCAGAAGAGCCGUGCAUAAACCAGGAGCAGCUGUCGUUGUGUAUCGUUGAAGAGGACUCUUUGGCUCUCAUGUGUUCUGAGCCUGAAGCCGACGCUGAGGAAGACUGGAGAACUACACACACAGAGGCCGAUGAAGCUCACAACAGCACUGUCCAGGGUUCUCAGCUGCCCUCUCAUGCUAACAAAGGGAGGCCCCGGUCCAGGAAGCGGCCCUCAGAAGGUCCCUCAGACGGUCCCUCAGCGUGCUCCGACUCAGACACAGAGGGCCCCCCACAGAUGAGAAGGAGGCUCGAUGUGGAGGAAGAAAAUAUCAGAUUGAGAAAUGAGAAUGAAAAGCUAAAACACAUGUUAAUUUCAGAAAUCCCUGAUAUGAUCGUGGAGCUCAACACGGCGCUGAAGUCCCGGGGAGCAGCCUCGUGGGCCGGCUCUGAGCUGGAGGUGCCUCGGGCUCUGCAUGUGGCCCCGGCCCAGCCUGUCAUAGACCCGGUUGUGAACACCAACAACAACAAGAGGCAGCGGUGCAGAGUGUGCGGACCCAAGAUGGACAGGAAAACACAAUGCACAUGCGUCAAGUGCAAAACGUACAUCUGCAACACGCACACAGUGAAGCUCUGCCCCUCGUGUGUUGUUUGGAAGCGUUACAGAGCAGAGGACAGAGCCAUGGACGACAUCUUCACUCAGUGUCGAGAGGGCAACGCUGUGGCGGUGCGGCUGUGGCUGGACAACACGGAGAACGACCUGAACCAGGGGGAUGACCACGGCUUCAGCCCCUUACACUGGGCGUGCAGAGAGGGCCGCUCCAGCGUGGUGGACAUGCUCAUCAUGAGAGGAGCCCGCAUCAACGUCAUGAACAGAGGAGACGACACUCCGCUGCACCUGGCGGCCAGCCACGGCCACCGCGACAUCGUCACCAAGCUGAUCCAGUGUAAAGCAGACACUAACUCUGCAAACGAACACGGGAACACGCCGCUGCACUACGCCUGCUUCUGGGGCCAGGAGCCGGUCUGCGAGGACCUUGUGACUAACGGAGCGCUGGUGAGCAUCUGCAACAAAUACGGGGAGAUUCCACUGGACAAGGCCAAGCCGCACCUGCGCGAGCUCCUCCGAGACAAGGCCGAGAAGCUGGGCCAGAGCAUGGCCAAGAUCCCCUUUAAAGACACCUUCUGGAAGGGCACGACCAGGACCCGACCGCGAAAUGGCACGCUAAACAAACAAGCAGGUGUGGACUACAAACAGCUCUCACUUCUAGCCAAAAUAAACGAAAACCAGUCUGGAGAGAUCUCAGGCCACAGUGGAAUCGACCUCUUGGCUCUGAUCCUGGACUCGGACUGGUUUCUAUGGUGGUCCCUAUGUGAUCAGUCUCACCUGAGGAACCCUAAAUUGUUAUGGGCAAAAGAAAACCUCACCAAAGACUUAAUCAAAGCCGUAGCACCUCACUUCUAA